AUGAUGCGGUUAAGAGGCAGAGCCUCUUUAAUAGUUAUUAUAAUGAUCAGUUUCACUUUGCUGAUUGUUAUUUAUCACAUUCUGAGUAAUGAGGUCGAGGACAUCUCCUCCAAUAAGCUAAAUCCUCGAUUAAAAAUAGAAGAUGUCUAUCCUUUAAGCGAUCUCACAGAGAGUCCUCGUAGUAUUGCCAAAAAACUGCAAAUAGAGUCCCACAUAAUGGGAAAAUUGAAAAGUGGAGGAGGAAUGUUAUUUGGUGACCUCAAUUAUGGUAGAUCAUACACAGACAAUGCUCCCUUGUUCAAGGGCCAUAAGAUUGUCCACCUUGAUUUAAAAGGUGCUCCUCCCAAAGUGAGUUAUUACAAGUACCUGUUAAAAUUGCUCAAAAAAUUAGGUGCUACUGGUAUACUCAUUGAAUACGAAGACAUGUUUCCUUUCGAAGGAAAAAUUCAGGAUAUCAGUGCAGGAAAUUGUUACACUAAAAGAGAUAUUGAAAACAUUCAAGAGAUAGCAAAUGAAAAUAAGCUCAUUGUCAUACCAUUGGUACAAACCUUUGGUCACAUGGAGUUUGUACUUAAAUUAGACAAAUAUAAAGAUUAUCGAGAAGUGCCACAUUAUCCUCAAGCUUUAUGCCCCACUCAUAACAAAACACUUCCAUUAAUUUAUGAAAUGAUAGACCAAGUAGUGGCUGCACAUCCUGAAGCAAAACACUUGCACAUAGGGGCCGACGAAGUGUAUCAGAUAGGAGAAUGCUCCAGGUGUUUGGAUGCAAUGGUUAAAAAACAAUGGGGUAAGAAACAAUUAUUCUUAGAUCACACUUCAAAAGUAGCAAGAUAUGUUAAGGAUAAGUAUCCAGAGCUUACAGUUCUCAUGUGGGAUGAUGAGUUCAGAGACAUUUCCCCACAAGAAAUAAUAGACAGAGGAUUGCAUUUAAUAGUGGAACCAGUUGUUUGGAAGUAUACUACAGAUCCGGGAACAUAUUUAACCGACCAGUUGUGGGAAAACUAUGCAGCAGUUUGGAAACAUGUAUGGGUUGCUACUGCUUUCAAAGGUGCCACUGCACCGGAUAAGUAUUAUACCGAUGUUGCGUAUCAUAUGGAGAAUCAUCAGCGUUGGUUAGAAAUUAUCAAGAAAUACUCUACUCAGAUUACAUUCAAAGGUGUGAUCCUAACAGGAUGGCAAAGAUACGAUCACUUCAGUGUACUCUGUGAACUGUUACCCUCUGCUUUGCCAUCUCUUGCUGUAAAUUUAGCUAUUUUGCAAGCUCCAGAUUUAAGUGGUUUUCCCAUGGAUAUACCUACUCCUAUAAUGCAAGCUCUACAAUGCGAGGGUAGCAUUUCUUUAAGGACUCCAGAACCUCAAUAUAGUUGGACCAAAUGCAGUUACCAAGGAGUAUCGAUCUAUGCUGCUAUUUUUCGACUGUUUUCCUUGACCCAAGAAGUUACCAAAAUGGAGCAGGAUAACACGUUCAAGGGAUGGUUGAAACCGUACAACAUAAAGUAUUCUUUUUCGAGUCCUAGUCACGUAGAGCGCGCGGUCGUUGAUCUGGACAGGCAUAAAAUGGAAUUAAUGUACAUUGAGAAAGACAUGAGAUCAGCUAUGGAAGAUAUAUAUGACGAUCAUACUAUACAGGAGUGGAUAGAGACAUACCUUGCUCCUUUAAAUGACAAAUUCACUGAAUUGUGGGACGCUAAAGAAAAGAUAUUAGAAAAAAAUGUAUGGCCAAGAAGACCGUUGAAGAAAUCGGAAUUAUAG